CACGAGUCAAGGAAAACGACUCUUUAGAAGUCGACUUCCUAGAUUCCAAAUCACUGUAGAAAACAAGAGGGGCGCCAUUACGCCAUGACUCGAGCUUUACUUUGAACGACAGUGAGAUCUCGCAUGAAGUAGGGCCCCGCUAAGCUCACAUUAUUCGCAGGCUACCGCCAUUCCCGCUUAUCUGUCUCAACAUCCCUCCUGCGAAGUCGGAAACCGUUUUCGCUCAUUCCUUCUUCCAUCUCCUGCAUUUCCGCGUGUUUAUCGGCCUUCAAUUUACCUUGAACGAUCUUUCAAGUUGAUCUCUAUAGCGGAUAAGAUUUCGUCGUGGUUGCCCUAGUUAUCUGACCCAUGAAUGCUACGAUUUGGACUGCUUGAUUCUUUCAUUUGUCUCCAUUGCUGAUUCGACUGUUUGCUUCGCAGUUUGCGAUUUUAGAUCUUGGAGAUUAAAAAUUUUUUGUCAGGAGCACUGUUGAUAGAAUGGAAAGUGAAGGUAUAAGGACUGAUGAGACAAUAGUGUCCAACUUGCCUGUUUCAGAACAAGGACAACGUGAAAGCAGAGAUGGCAUUUCAACUGUUGAGGGAAAGUUAGGCAGCUCAUUGACAUUAGAGGAUAUCCAAAAUGAGAAAUUUAAUUCCCAGGUAGAAGUUCACGGGGAUUUAUACAGUAAGGAAAAUCUAAGCACAGGCUGUAAUGAUGAAGGAGAUGGGUCAAUGCACCAGCUUCAUGUGUCUAAUGGUUUUAAUGUCCAAACAGAAGAAGAGGAAGCUUUUUCAGAAGAUAAAGAAGUGGACCCUGUAUUUGAUGGAACAGAGCGUUUUGAAAUGGAAGCAACCGGCUCUCUUAGCUUAUCUCCAGAACAAGACUCAGAUCUGCAGGCCUCUGCUUGGCCAGAAAAAGCUGUUGCUUUUAAAAAUUUUGUCAAGGACAAGGGAUCAGUUGCAGUGUCGACUGUUCUACGUCGUCUUUCUGGCAAGAAGGAUGACGAUUAUGAGGUGCAUUGUGAUGUGGAAGAGGAUGAAGUUGCAUUUAGGGGAAUUAAAGAGGAAGAAGAUUCAGGCACAGAAUUUAAACUAAAGGACGUUUUAAUGAAGGCGGGAGACAUAUCCACAUGGAAUCCUCUCAACUAUAUCAAGAUUGGACGAGAUGCAGAUAUACAAAACAAGGUGGCACAAGCAGAAGAAGUCAAUGAUGGAAAUACUGUAGAAGAGCAAGCAAUGAAGGGGAGAAUUAUUGUAUACACAAAGCUGGGGUGUCAAGAAUGCAGAGGGGUUAGGUUAUUUAUGCGUCAGAAGAAGCUUAGAUAUGUUGAAAUUAAUAUUGAUAUUUAUCCUAACAGAAAGCUGGAGUUGGAGAAAGCUACUGGAUCCUCAAAUGUUCCACUAGUGUACUUCAAUGAGGUUCUGAUAGGUGGUUUGGAUGAAUUGAAGCUCUUGGAGAAAUCUGGUAUGCUUGAUGAAAGGAUUAAUGCCCUUGCAAAGGAUGAACCAUCAUCUGCAGCUCCUUUGCCACCAUUGCCUGGUGAAGAUGAUGUCACCGGUAGUGGAAAGAUUGAUGAGUUGGCUACCAUUGUCAGAAAGAUGAAAGAGUUCAUCGUCGUUAAGGAUAGGUUCUACAAGAUGAGAAGAUUCAUUAGGUGCUUUCUUGCCUCCGAAGCUGUGGAUUUCCUGGCAGAGGAUCAAUAUCUUGAAAGAGAAGAUGCAGUUGAAUUGGGAAGGAAGCUGCUCAGCCAGCACUUCUUCAGACAUGUACUUGACGACGACAUCUUUGAAGAUGGAAGCCACUUGUAUCGUUUUUUGGAAGAUGACCCUACCAUAAUGACUCAAUGCUACAAUGUUUCGAGGGAUAGAAUUGAUGUUCAACCUAAGCCUAUAAUUGAAAUCUCGUCAAACUUAAGAUUGCUGUCCUAUGGUAUUUUUGAGGCUUAUGUAUCUGAAGGUGGAAAUAAUGUUGACUACAACAGCAUUCAUCAUUCUGAGGAGUUCAAAAGGUACCUAAGAGUUAUAGAGGAGCUUGAAAGAGUUGAUUUGGAGAUCCUAUCAAGGGAAGAAAAGCUUGCAUUUUUCAUAAACCUAUAUAACAUGAUGGUUAUUCAUGCCAUAUCUAUAUAUGGUUUCCCUGUUGGACCCUUGGAUAGGAAAAAGUUUUUAGGAGAUUUCAAGUAUGUUAUAGGCGGAUGCUCCUACUCCUUAUCUGCUAUACAGAAUGGUGUUCUACGAGGCAACCAACGGCCUCCAUACAACCUCACCAAGCCUUUUGGUCCUAAAGACAAACGUUCCAAGGUGGCUCUUCCCUACCCAGAACCGUUGGUACACUUUGCAUUGGUAUCUGGCACCUGUUCUGGGCCUGCUCUGAGGUGUUAUUCACCCAACGACAUAGACAAAGAACUUGUUGAGGCUGCACGCAUAUUUCUGAGGAAUGGAGGGGUUGUUCUUGAUGCUGAAGCCAAGGUUGUCUCAAUCAGCAAGAUUCUGCGGUGGUAUAGCGUGGAUUUUGGAAAGAAUGAGGUUGAAGUGCUGAAACAUGCAGCAAACUACUUGGAGCCAAAGAAAUCGGAGGAACUGCUGGAGUUGCUUGCAAGCACUCAGUUGAAGGUUAUCUAUCAGCCAUAUGACUGGGGUUUGAAUUUCUAGGAAAUUUGUUCAUACCAGGGAUAAUAUUAAGGAGCGAUUCUAUAGUAAUUUUGGCAUAUAAUAAGAGAUGGAUUAAUUUUGGCAGUUAUCCAUAGUCUAUAUCAUUAUAUUUAUCGUAUGCCUGUUAUAAAAAGGCUUCGAUUGCAAUUGCUUUGGAUUAAUUUGAUCUGCUGUUCCAUUUUUGA